UGGUUGUCACUGUAGAGCUCCGCCCCUAACAACUCUACAUGUUGACACUCCUCAAGAGAAGCAGUCAUUGUGUUGCUGGAUACAAAUUACUGAGGAUAACUUCAGCUCUGGUGUAAGGAACUAAAAGAUGCCUGGUGAAGUUCUCUCUCAGCUUGGGAAUAACAGCAAUGCUUCUGGCCUUUGCCUGGCAGAGAGUCAGCAUGUGUCUAUCACCAUCCUGCUCUGCCUGGUCUUCUUCAUUGGCUUCCUCCUGAACACCUUCAGCCUGUGGGUGUUCUGCUGCCAGUUGCCCUGCUGGACUUCUGGAACCACACUGCAGUUCCACCUGGCCCUCAGCGAUGCUAUCGCUACACCAGUCACUCCCAUGAUGGCAGUUUACUUUGCUAUGGGUAACAACUGGCCAUUUGGUAGGUUCCUGUGUCAAGUCAAGAUUGCCCUGCUGAGUUCACAUUUCUAUGGCAGUACCAUUUUCCUCACUCUCAUCAGCAUUCAUCGGUAUGUGGCUGUUGUUCACUUCAACAGGAGAUCUUGUAUAAAACGAAAGGAGUUUGUCAGGAAGCUCUGUGCUGGAGUUUGGUUUCUGCUACUGAUCCAGGCUCUGAUCUUUGCUUUUACUCUUCCUACCACCACAGAAGGGAAAAACAAACAAUGUCUCUCCAUUCAUCAGACCAAACUGACAGAAUCCUACUUUGUCAUUAACUUUAUCCUGUUUAUCUUUGGGUUUUUACUCCCUUUCUUUGUGUCUGCUGCAUGCUAUAGCCGUCUAGCAAACACCUUAACUCGCCUAAACAUUAGCACAGCUAAAGGUCUGAAAGUGAAGGUGAAAUCUCAGAGGAUGAUAGGUGUGUGUUUGGUUAUAUUUGCUUUGUGCUUCCUGCCUCUGAAUGUGGUACGGACUGUAGGAGUCAUAUUAAAAAAAUACUACCCGCAACAAUGCCAUCUUCUCCUUCAGUUUGAGACAGCAUAUUACGCAACCUGGAUUUUUGCGGGAGUAAACAGCUGCCUGGAUCCACUGUUGUACUACUUUGGUUCGCAAAACUUUCGAGAUACCUUCCAGUCUUUCAGGAUGGGGCAGGUAGACAUUCAGAACAGAAGUGAUUCAGAAAUGACUGGAAAUUUCUAACAUGUGGAUAUGACAUGGAUA